AUGUGGUUUUUUGCAGGGGGGCUUCUGCUCGGGUAUUUACGGCGCGCGGCGGUCCCAGCAGAAGUUCAAGCAGACUGCUCGCGGUUCGCUCCCGGGCUCGCAGCUGCAGCGCCGGGCACAGGGCGCGGAGCGAGUCCCACCCGCCUGGCCAUGGGCUGCACAUGCAGCACGACCGGCCGCUGCCCAGCCAGGAGCAAGAAACGACUAAGAGCUCGGCAGCCAAAGGGACAGGCUUCCCAGGAGCUGACGGCCGUGAAGACAGAGAAUCAUGUCAUCGCAGCUCCCUUGCCUGAGGAUGUGGAGACGACGAAGGCCCUGCUGCUGGAGGAGCAGAAGAGGGAGAUUGCGAGGCUGCUCCAAGGACAUCAGGAGGAAACGGAGAGGCUGAAGGAAGCCCACCAGGCAGAGACCCAGAGACUGACCCAAGACGUUAAAAUCCAGGUGGAAAAGGAAAGAGAUUUAGAGCUUAACAAGCAGCUCUCCAAGCAGUUCGACACACUGAACAGAGAGCAUGAAGAGAACCUCCGAGAAGUCCAGAGGGCCCAUGACCAGGAGAUGCUGCUCUUAAGGGAAUCCUACCAAACGUCCCAGUCUUCCUUACAGGAGACGAUUGACAGGUUAAAUUCUCAGCUGAAAUCCUUCCAGGAGAAAAUGAAACGGGUGGAGGAAUCGAUCUUGAGCAGAGACUAUAAGCAACAUAUUCAGGAUUAUGGGAGCCCCAGCCACUUCUGGGAGCAAGAACUGGAGAGUCUCCAUUUUGUCAUAGAGAUGAAGAACGAACGCAUCCAUGACCUGGACAAGAAGCUGCUGAACUUGGAAACAGUGAUGGAGAGGAACCUGCUUCUGGAGGAGAAAGUGAAAACCCUUCAGCAGGAGAAUGAGGAUCUGCACGUUCAGACACAGAACCACUUGACAAUGACAAGGCAACUGUCUGACAAGCUCCUGGUGGUUCGGGAGGCCCUGGACAAGGAGUCCCAGCUGCGGGAGCAGGCGCACCGGGAGAAGGAAGAGCUGCUGUACAGGGUCCUGAACGGUGACUCCUCCCCCACCUUCCCCAUCCCCCCCAGCGAGGUGCCGCUCAUCGCCACGUAG